UCCUAUAGCACGUGUUGCAACUUAGAUAGAUGGAGGAAGAAAACGCCCCGGAUUGAAGCCAUCGCUGGCCAUCGGCCGCAUAUAUAAGACAACAGACUCGACAUAGUUCAAUCGUCACAAUAGUUUCAACCUUUCCUAGCCAAACACAUCAGCAUGAAGAUCUUGGCAUUUAUUGUCGUCAUCGUUGCCGCUUCUGUCAGCGGUGACGCUCAGCAACGAUCGCAGCGUCCCCCCAUCAGGAUUUACCAUCCGGAAUUUAAGAUUCCCAUUGCCCGGCCGUAUUCGGCCAUCAAAAGGGAAACUCCUGUCAAUCCGGUAGUGAUUACACCUUCAGCAUCCAGGCAAUUGAACAUCGCAAAGGAAGAAAUCAAAGAGGAGUUCAAACCGGAGAUCGCACGGCCGGUUGUCAGACAGGUGGCAAAACCAGCGGUUAAAGAAGAAAUGAAAGCAGAGGUGAAGAACGAAGCCAGACCAGAAGACUCCCUCAAAAUCAAGAUGCAGGCCGUUCGAUCUAUUGGAAACCAGAAGAAUCCCAGAUCGUAUUCAUUUGGCUACGUCAUCAAGGAUCAGGAGACGUUCAACGAUUUCGAACAGCAGGAGAAACGCGAUGGUGAUGUGGUGACGGGAUCUUAUCGAGUCAACUUGCCCGACGGUCGUGUCCAGCUCGUUAAUUACAGGUCAGCACCUGAGACUGGCAAUAUAAUGCAAGUCAGUUACGAAGGAGAAGCCAAAUAUCCGGAUUACGUCCCAACAACAGAAAUGAUGGACAAUAAAGGGAAGAGGACUAUCGUUUCUGCCUCCAACAAGGCCGCCAAAGUCAAUCAGGUCAUAAAAAUCAAUCAAGAAAUUAUUAAGAUCAACCAGGAGGUUAAAAGCAAUCAGCAAAUCAAGGUCGAUCAGGAUGUCAGGACGAACGCCGACAAGGAAAUCAAAGCCGUUUACACGCGUCCAAGUCCCGCACCACCGACCCCGAAGGCUGUCGUCCUUCCAGUUAAAUAUUCAGCCCAAUAUAAAACUGCACCUCGAGCCCCAACUAGAGCACGAUCUGUUGAAUCUUUCGUUCCAUCCGAAUCUCUUCCUACUCCCGAGAAAUUAGCCGCUGAAUCUCCUUCGGCGCCUUCUGAAUCUUUGCUGCGAAUCAUUUCGAAAUCGUUGCCGAAACCCGAGAAAUUCAGCGCUCCCGUUCGAGCUAGGAUCGUUGAAUUUCCAGCUGUUGCACCCACCCCUGAAGAAGCUGUUCUCGAGGAGGAUUUCAAUGACGUGUUGGAGUUUGAUGGACCUUUACCUAUUCCAGCCGCUUAUCGCAAUGGCCGCCGUAUCGGCAACCGUGCUAACAUACGCAAACAGGUGGAGCGAUGGUGGUAAACGAACGAACGCAAAACUCGACCGAAUUUGGACCCCAAUAACUUAUGCAGUUAUUAAGAUUUGUUUUUUUGUUUUCUUGGAACUCUGAGUUCCAUACUUACUAACCAUACCUACAUAGAAUAGUCCGAUCGGCAUUCAUCGUGCGUUGACGCAUUUGAAUCGCCGCAGACAUUGUUAUUGUUUUAUUGUUUUCCCUUCGUUGUUGUUAAAGUAGAUUUCGAAUCUUUACAAAUACAUUAUGCUCAUACUCA